AUGGAAAUCGUGAGGGUAAAAGCAGGUUUGCUUCUUUUUUCUCCUUUUAUGGAGGAUAUCGUAAUGAAUUCCCGGCCGAGAAGUAAUACUUCACGUGCUCCACAAGUUGCAUCGUUGCGUAGACUUCUGCAAGUCUUACGCAAGGAAAGUAUAUACAUUCGCGAAGAUAAACCUCAUCACCUCUCGUGAAUUGAAGAGAAAGUGAGUGAUUUUCAAAACAAUCUAAAACCCAAAAUGGACAAAAAAAUAUGCAGAAUCUUUUUUUUUUUUUUAAAUUGAAAAUGUGAUAAUUUUUCUUUCAAUUUGAAGAACAAAGGAGGUUUAA